AAAGAGUCAGCCACCACCAUCAUCUAAUCCACCUCUUCUCUUGUCCAUUACACUGAAACAUCCUAUCGACCCAGUUAAUUAUUGUCAAGUCAAACUCGAAAGGACCUAGAGCAGCAAAGGUAGACUGGUCAGCGGCGAGCGCACGGCGACAUCCGAGCAGAGUCAGACUUCUAGCAGAUAAAAGCAAAGGAGCAAUAGCUGAUAGGGAUCCAAAAGGCGGAGACAGGAUGGCGCAAGAACCGCUUACCCCCUUCGGAAAUGCCCUUGCCGGCGCACUCGGAGGCGUAUUCUCGAACGCAGUAUGCUACCCUCUUGACACCGUCAAGACCCGCAUUCAAGCCGGAAGCUCAUCUGUAGUCGGUGCGAGCCCAGCGGCAAAAGCAGCAAGGGAUCCCAAAGCUGUGACAGUCCGUAAGGAUGUUGGCCUAUUUGAGGGUGUCCUGGCCAUCGCCAGGAGCAAGGAGGGCCCUCUUAGCUUGUACAAGGGGUUCGGGGCCAGCAUGGUGAAUACUUUCUCCACACAAUUCGCCUACUUUUACUGGUACACUGUCGUCCGAACAUUGUACAUCACGCGUGUUCUGCGUUUGCCGAAGAGUAGCAAGCCACCAGGUAUCAGCACAGCCGUAGAGCUGCUCCUUGGUGCUUUGGCAGGCACGCUUGCGCAGAUCUUCACCAUUCCCGUCAGCGUCAUUGCAACACGGCAGCAGAUCGGCUCCGCUCCUGCGUCAUCAUCAGGCGAAUCGGCAGACAAGGAGAGCCUCAAAGAUUCCGUUGCAGACGAGAAGAGAGCUUCCGACAAGGCCAACACUGUCGCAAAGAAGGUGUUGGACGAUGAGGACAGCUUCCUCAGCGUUGCAAAGGACGUUUACCAGCAGGAUGGUAUCACCGGCUUUUGGCGCGGUCUGAAGCCUUCGCUCGUGCUCACUAUCAACCCAGCAAUCACUUACGGCGUCUUCGAACGUGUCAAGAAUAUGGUGUUGACCGCCUCAGGCGACGCAAAGAUGACGCCGGGCAAGUCAUUCCUGAUCGGCGCGCUCUCCAAGACACUCGCGACAGUCGUCACCUUCCCGUACAUUCUCUCCAAGAUUCGGCUGCAGGCGCGCAACACGCCGUACACCGGUGCGAUCGAUGUGCUCACCAAGAUCGCAAAAGAGCGCGGAAUCGCCGGUUGGUACCAGGGCAUGCAAGCGCAGAUCACCAAAGCGGUUCUUGCACAGGCGCUGCUCUUCUACUUCAGAGACUACUUUGAGAUUUGGACCAGGAAGCUGCUCCAGGCGAGCAAGAAGACGACAGUCCGGGUAUAAAGCUGCUGAGGAGGGGGUAAAAAAGUCGCGCAGCGCAGCACAUCGCUUUUACGCGGAUAGAUACCGAUAUGCUAGCCUGCACUCUUGCCACCAAGCCCUGAAGGAUGAGAGGCGCGCGAGUGUGAUGCGCGAGGGCUUUCCGAAUUCUUAUUGGGUAGUCCGUGUCUUGUAUCACUAUGUUGCACGAAUUGAUAGAUCACAUAACCAC